ACCACACUGGGCAUCCAUUCAGAAGGUGUUUGGUUCUCGCUGCUCGUUUCCAAGCGAAUUGCUAAAUCAACCGUCAUGCGUUCACUCGUAUUACUUUCGUGGUGCUUCUGCCUGUUUGCAGCCGUUUCUUCACAGAACGUGGGCACUCAGGCCGCAGAAGAGCCGCUCAACUUGCCCAUCUCCGUCUGCACAGCUCCUGGCAAUUGCCAGACAGAAGCCGAUGCUGUCGUCCUCGACGCCAACUGGCGCUGGGCCCAUACGGUCAGCGGCUACACCAACUGCUACACCGGCAAUCUCUGGGACACUUCUCUCUGCCCGACCCCGGAAACUUGCACCACUAACUGCGCAAUAGAUGGAGUCCCGACGGCCGACUGGUCCGGCACUUAUGGCGGUAGCGUCAGUGGUAAUAAACUCAGUUUGAAAUUCGUCACCCAAGGACCCUACAGCAAGAACGUUGGUUCCAGGACCUACUUGCUCGACUCUUCCAAAAAUCGGUACCGCAUGUUCCAGCUUUUGAACAGAGAAUUCACUUAUGACGUCGAUGUUUCCUCACUGGAUUGCGGAUUGAACGGAGCUCUCUAUUUCGUAUCCAUGGAUGCUGAUGGAGGAGCGUCCAAAUACUCUACCAACAAGGGCGGAGCCAAGUACGGUACCGGCUACUGUGACGCCCAGUGCCCACACGACAUCAAAUGGAUCAACGGAUUGGCCAACUCAAAGGACUGGGUCCCCAGCUCCAAUGAUGCCAACUCCGGCAAGGGAUAUUAUGGUAACUGUUGCGCCGAGCUGGACAUUUGGGAGGCUAACAAACAGAGCCAGGCUUUCACUACCCAUCCGUGCAUCCCCAAUGACCAGACCCGAUGUGAAGGCGUCGUUUGCGGUGACAACGACUCCGGAGACAGAUACAACGGCAUGUGCGACAAGGACGGAUGCGAUUUCGCUUCGUACCGUUUGAACGACCAAACCUUCUACGGACCCGGAAGCAAUUUCAAGUUGGAUUCCACCAAGCCUUUCACCGUUGUUUCCCAAUUCCUGACCACUGACGGAACUGACAACGGAGAUUUCAAGGAAUUCCGUCGUUUCUACGUCCAGAAUGGAGUGAGGAUUGAAAACUCCAAGGUGAACUUCCCUGGCAUCACUGCCUACGAUUCAAUCACCGACGAGAUGUGCGCUGCCACCAAGGGACUGUUUGGUGAUUUGGAUGACCACAAGAACAAGGGUGGCAUGAAACAGAUGGGCGAGGCCAUGAGAAAGGGCAUGGUGCUUGUCAUGUCCAUCUGGGAUGAUCACGAUGUCAACAUGCUCUGGCUGGACAGCAACUACCCGCCCACUGGAGACCCCAGCACGCCCGGAGUCGCCCGUGGCCCGUGCCCGACCACUUCGGGUGUCCCGUCCGAAGUAGAAGUAACCCAAGCCAACGCUGUGGUCAGUUUCGGCAACUUCAAAUUCGGACCCAUCGGUUCUACUGUCUAAAUUUGGAAAAAGUUAGAGAGUUAGAGUUACAGGAGAAAAAAACAAUUUUGAAAUCGGCUUUCUUUCUAUGCAUAUGAAAAAGAAAAUUCCAAAUAAAAUGAGCAUCCACGAUUUUAUUACUUU